AUGCGAAACGAGGUUGAAGACUAUCUUCGUGGCGAACCAGGAGCUUCCGUCAGCAUUCGGCAUUUGGUGGACGCAUUAUCACAGAGCAACCGAAUCAAAAAUGCUUAUGCCAAGCAAAAGGAGAGCCUUUUUGGCCCAAUUUCGCGUCGGUUAAAACAUCUCAUGGCCAUUGCCAGGGGACAAAAUAAUCCUGCCUUGGAGGCACGGUACCAAAUAACCACGGUGCUCCGUUUGAUCUCGAGACGGCCAAGCGCUACUGCCAAACUGGUGAACUCUUGGGAUGACCUAAAGAAAGAGCUUUCUUUGGACAUGGACUUUGCGGAACCGUCGGAGGAAGUAUCCAGCCAAUUUGCCGCAUUGCGGGUCACGCCCAAAUUCGAACUAGUCCAAUUGACUUCGCCACCUCCCCCAAUCUCACCAGCCGACAAGAAGCUGAUGGGAGUGGCCCAAUCCGUAGCACCCAAAAAGAUUGAGUAUGAGGAGCUUGGCGAAAAAGGACCAUGGGCGGAGCAUCUGGAACAAAAACAGGCAGAGCGUGCGGUUGAAAAAGCCGAGGAGGAUGCCAGGUAUGAUGAAUUGGAGCAACAGCUGGAGGAGAAACAGAAGGAGGAGGAAGCGAAGAAACUGGCGUCAUCAUUGUUGCGAGACUACACGAAUGAGGAAGAAGAUAUGAUUCAAUCCGCAACAUGUGGACCUGGUUGGGAGCAGGAGGUGCUUCAAUCAGAAGGACCAGAUACCGUGCUACGUGGCUCUAUGCGAACUCUCCGGCCUGGGCAGUGGCUGAACGAUGAAAUCAUCCAUUUCUUCCUCGUGAUGCUUGCCAAGCGUGAUGAGGAAUUGUGCCUAGCAGAUCCUGAUCGCAAACGCAGUCACUUCUUCAAGUCAUUCUUCAUAACAAAACUACGCAAUGAGGGCCACACCGAUCCAAACAAGGAUGGAGCGUACGAGUACCGCAAUGUGAAGCGAUGGUCCAAGAAAGUGCCGGGCAAAGACAUUUUCAAUUUGGACAAGAUCAUCUUUCCAAUCAAUCAGGGCAGAAUGCAUUGGGUCUGUGCUGUGGCAUUUAUGCAGGAAAAGCGAAUCCAGUUUUAUGAUUCAAUGGGGUCCAGUGGAAAGGAGUAUUUGGAUGAUUUGUUCCAGUACAUCAAGGAUGAACAUCAGGACAAGAAGAAGGCCCCACUUCCUGAUGAGGACCAAUGGGAGUUGGUCACAUGCACAAGUGACACCCCCCAGCAAGGAAACGGCUUUGACUGCGGGGUGUUCACUUGCAUGUUUGCGGAUUUUCUGAGCAAAAACUGUCCGCUCUUGUUCAGUCAAAAGCAUGUGGACCAGUGCCGCAAGCGCGUUGCCCUCUCCAUCCUUUUGGGCAAGGCGAUCCUUUAG